AAUGCGCAUGUGCAGCUUCAGCUGGGUCAUCGGGUGCUCGUUUAUACAGUGAAAAUGGAAGAUUAGACAUGAGAUUGAAAGAACGGACAUGUAACAGAGUGAUAAGCCCGCCAGUCGGGAUGUCUAGACGUUAACGUGCUGAAGCAGGGACAUGGGCAAGCGGAAAGACCUGAACGACUUCGAAAAGGGCCAGAUUGUGAUGGCCAGACGGCUGGGGCAGAGCAUCUCCCAAACGGCGGGUCUUGUGGGGUGUUCCCGGUAUGCGGUGGUCAGUACCUACCAAAAGUGGUCGAAGGAGGGACAGCCGGUGAACCGGAGACUGGGACAUGGACGGCCCAGGCUCAUUGACGCGCGUGGGGAGCGGAGGCUGGCGCGUCUGGUCCGAUCCCACCGGAGAGCCACUGUAGCGCAGAUUGCUGAAAGAGUUAACGCUGGUUUCGAUAGGAAAGUGUCCGAGCACACGGUGCAUCGCAGCUUACUGCGCAUGGGGCUGCGGAACCGGAGACCGGGCAGGAAAAGGGCGCUGGAGGAGCAUCUGGGGCAGGAGAGAGUGUCGGAGCCCACGGCUGAGGAAGAGGAGGAAGAGGAAGAGGAGGAGGAUUAUUAUUACCAGCCCCUGAACCAGGAGCCUGAUGGAGCUCCCAACACACAGCUGGAACAAAACGACGAAGCGACACACGCAGAUCAGCUGCAGGAGCUUCAGGAGAGAAUAGAGGUAACGGAGAGCUCUCAGGGUCACACAGGUUUCAUCCACUUCUAUCUGUGCUUAACGUCAUCAGGCGCUUCGCAUGUCAUUGAUUUGACCUCCUUUAAUAAUAUGAUUGUCCCAGAAAGGCGCUACGAGGUGGUAUCGAAAAGUUGCAAGAUGGGUCCCAGAUCUGGACACUUUCACUGUACGCUCCCCCUCAGACGCUUUAAAACCUGGCAGUGGUACUCGCUAUUGACAGUCUGGCACCUGCGGACCAAUUCUCGAUUCCCAAUACAGCAAUUCUCAAAAAAGCAUGCCGAGCAUGCACUCGGUCGAGCUACGGACCUGGAGAUGGAGAUGAUGGCUCUUCCACUGUGAAGAAUGUUGCAUCAUCUCAGGGUCGUUUUUAUGCACCCAAGUUUGAUCACCGGUAAUCAUCCUCGACAAGAAGGGCGGGUCAUCCACGGCAUUGACGGAGUCCUCGGCAGACUUCUUGGAAGGCUCCUGGUUCAGCAGCUUGGGGACGAACUUGGCAGCAACAUGGCGCAUUUUCAAAUCACACAUGAGGAUUGCCUGGACUGGUCCGUAUGACGCACUGGAGAGGAGAUGGAGGUGUGGGGGAGAGCUACAGAUGCCAUGAAGUCUCCCUUGUCAACACUGGACAAGGAAAGAAAACGCAGAGACUAUCUUCAGGAAGGGACUCCACUACUUAAGGAAGCUGAGGUCCCUUAAAGGAGAACUAUUAUGCAAAAUAAAAUUUUGAGGUAACAACACCUAAUGCAUUACAUCCUGAAGCAUCGGGGACUUAUCAGUUUCUUGAUCUGGUCUCCAAUUUCCCCGGAUCUCAAUCUGACUGAGCCUUCAUGAAAUGCGCUACACAAAAGCCACAGCACCUAAUCAAUCUGCUGCUAAUGUCCCAGACACCACAUGGUCUAGUCAUGCCUCAUGGGGCCAGAUCAGCUCUGGAAGUCCAGAGGGAAUCUACACAAUAUUGGGCUUAUGGUUAAUCGAUGUAUAUACACAGGCUGUUUUCUAUUUUCACCUCUUUUGUUGGCCUAUGUAUUGUACUGUAUGUAAAUCAUUUUUAAAAUUUAUUUUUAUUGUCCUCUAACUUUAUUCAUAAUUAGGCGAUAGCCUUCUAGUAUUAUUUGAAAACCUCAGUUGUUUCCAUAAUUUUUUUAAUUGCCUGCUGCAACAAACUUAUUUCCCUUUCGUUAUUCAUAAAUGAGACAUAAAUCUCACUAUUAAAUUAUCUAUUUAUCCAUCCAUUCAAGCCCAAAUAUACUGUGACAUUCAUUGAUAAUUGAUUGGUAUUAAUCUGCCCAAAUUGUGCCACAAAAACUCUCCACACAGCAUUACACCACCUGCACAAGUCCAUGGCUUCAUGCUGUUUGUGCAUAUUCUGACACUACCAUCUGCGGAAAUCAGGAUUCAUCACACAAGGCUACAUUUUUUUCAGUCAUCAACUGUAUGAAGGACGGCUCAUCCAUGUUCAGUUUUGGUGAAACUGUGCCAAUUGCAGGUUCUGCUUUCUGUUUUUGGCUGACAGAAGUGGGAUCUGACUGCUGCAGUAGGUCAUCCUCUUUAAGGUUCGACAUGUUCUGCAUUCUGAGAAGCUUUCUACUCACCACAAUUGUACUGUAAUUUUCUGAGUAACUGUAACCUUUUUGUCAAACCAGUCUGGACAAAUCACAAAAACUACCUGAAACUGCUUGCCCAUGUGUGCCUGAUGUUACGCAUUUAACUGUGGCUGCACAAUUGGCUGACUAGAUAAUUGCAUGAAUGAGUGGAGGUACAGAAGUUCCUAAUAAAGUGUUUAGUAAGUGUAUCUGUAGCAGGUAUAAUAAUAAUAUUUUAUAGCUGUAAAGUAUGUACCGACAGUCAUGUUCACACAGGCCAUGGGCUUGUUCCUGCCUUAGCCGCCAGCUCCGGACAGUGAUGAGAAAGAGGAUCCAAAGGAGCUGCUGCAUGCCGGAGCCACGCGUCUAUUCCUAUGGAUCCUGAUCAUAUAGAGCUUGUGAAAAGGACCAUGGCAGCAGUGAACCUGCCUUCUUUGGGAAUCCCUGUCUGGGCUCAGGGACUUUCAGAUGACCAGUGGAAGGACAUGGUAGACAAGACUCUGCAGUCGCGGCAGAGCUCGGCCGGCCUCUUACUGCAACCUUAAUAAAAUUACCUUAUGUCCUUAUCACGUAAACAUCUUAUGCAGGG